AUGCGUCCAGUCAUGAGUUUCGACGAUGUUGCGUGGGAUGAGAGCGAGCGAAUUGUGAAUAGUUGGACUAUUCAGUUCUGCAGACCUCACAUUGGAGAGGCAGCUGCCCAGACACUGCUGGACCAUCAUCACCCCGAGGAGCCAGUGGACUUUACCGUCAUUGGCAGGGGCAGCUACAACAUCUGCUUCCGUAUCGUGUUUGUGAACAGUCCACCUGCUGUGCUUCGCUUCCCGUUGCCUUCCACUCUUCGCUUUCCCGAAGAGAAGACCCGAAAUGAAGCCGCGAUUAUGCGGUACCUGGAGGAAUGUACUUCUGUACCUGUGCCUCGAGUCAUUCAUUACGGCGCAGUGGCUGAAAGCCGGCUUUCGCUAGGUCCAUUUAUCAUAAUGGAGUACCUGAGUCACCAAUCCACGCUCUAUACCUCGUUGAACACACCUGGUCGCCCGCCACAUCUGCGUGCAGUGCUUGAUCCCAAUAUCAGCGAGCAGCGGCUGGGUGAUAUAUACGGCCAAGUCGCUGAGAUCAUGCUUCAACUGUCACUGUCAUCCUUCUCCCGAAUCGGAUGUCUCGAGAAAAAGGGUGACACAACGUGGGAGGUAGCCUUUCGCCCCCACACACUCGACAUGGAGCAACUGUGCGUAAUGGGGACACUUCCGACAACAUGCCUACCGGAUCCAAGAUGUACAUUUGACUCAUCGUCCUCCUAUCUCGAGUUCAUUACGGAGACCAUGAUCCAGCAUCUGCGUCACCAAAGAAACGACGCUGUCGAGUCCGCAGACGAUUGUCGUCGAAAGUUUACAGCGAGGCGGCUUUUCCACCUUCUAGCCAAGGAAGGAAAACUGAGCAACCCAUCGCUCAACAACGGACCGUUCAAACUCUGGUGUGAUGAUUUCAGACCGGCCAACGUCAUUGUCGACAGCAACGAUCGAGUCUGUGGAGUCCUGGACUGGGAAUUUACCUACGCAGCACCCUUGGAAUACACCUACGCUCCGCCAUGGUGGCUACUCAUCGAAAAGCCCGAAUACUGGGAAGCAGGUCUCGACGACUGGGCGCGGGUCUACGAGCAACGCUUACAAAUCUUCCUGAGGUCAAUGGCCAAACGCGAAGACGCUUGCAUCGCCAAUGGCCAGAUGACCGAGGACCAACGCUUGUCGACCCACAUGAGAAAGAGCUGGGACACCGGACACUUUUGGAUUGCAUAUGCCUGUCAACACAGCUUUGCAUUUGAUCUGAUAUACUGGGAGAAGAUCGAUCCUCGAUUCUUUGGCGCGACAUCGGACCCGGAGAGUGCUUGGAAAGCCCGAAUGGCUCUUCUCAGCAAAGAUGAAGUCGAUGAGAUGGAGAGUCUGGUUGAGAAAAAGAUGCAGGAAAUGCAUACCAGAGUACUGGCAUGGGACUGUGAUGAGCUGACUGGGUUUCUUUCUACCUACACGAAGGAAGCACUGGCCCAGGCUGUUUCUGAUGCUCUUCUUUACGGCCAAGCUGGUAGCACAGACCCCGCUGGUAGUGGUUCGGCCGGAUCUCCUCUUGAGUCGCCUGCUUCUUUGGCCAUGUAUCGGGCAAUGCUUGAAUGGCUUACCAAGAAUUGA